CCUCUCGUCUUCUUCCUCCCUCUCCAUCUUCCAUCUCCUGUUCUCUUUCUUCCUUCAAGCCUCCUCCUCCCCGGUCACACCUCGUGUAGUCCGGAUCUCCACCAUUGCGUGCUCUGCGACAUCUACCCCUCGCCAGCCAUAAAGUCUCGGACCCUUUCUUCUAGUCUUGCGCCUCGUCCCCGGCUCAGUCUUGAAGAUCCAACCCCCCCUCCCCUCCCACAACUCCCACAAACACACAUCCACAAUGGCCAACUCUCCCAACGGCGGCAUCCUCAAGGAUCUCUUCGCCCGCGACCUGCCUCGCCAGGCCGAGCUCCAGGCCGAGGCCGAGACCCUCAAGGCCCUCACCCUGACCGAGCGUCACCUGUGCGAUCUCGAGCUGAUCCUCAACGGUGGCUUCUCCCCCAUUGAAGGUUUCCUGAACGAGAAGGACUACAAUGGCGUUGUUGAGACCAACCGCCUCGCCGACGGCGCCCUCCUCGGCAUGCCCAUCAACCUGGACGUCGACCAGGAGACCAUCGACAAGCUGAGCAUCAAGCCCGGCGCCCGCAUCACCCUCCGAGAUUUCCGCGAUGAGCGAAACCUCGCCAUCUUCACCGUUGAGGAUGUUUAUAAGCCCGAUAAGGUCAAGGAGGCCAAGCUGGUCUUCGGCAGCGACGACGACACCCACCCCGGUGUCAAGUACCUUUUCUCUACCGCCAAGGACUUCUACGUCGGUGGUAAGCUCGAGGCUGUUAACCGCCUGGAGCACUACGACUUCCUCGACCUGCGCUUCACUCCCUCUGAGCUUCGCGCCCACUUCAACAAGCUCGGCUGGCAGAAGGUCGUCGCUUUCCAGACCCGUAACCCCAUGCACCGCGCUCACCGUGAGUUGACGGUCCGCGCCGCCCGCUCCCAGCAGGCCAACGUCCUCAUCCAGCCCGUCGUCGGCCUGACCAAGCCCGGCGACAUUGAUCACUUCACUCGCGUCCGCGUCUACAAGGCUCUCCUGCCCCGUUACCCCAACGGCAUGGCCGCCCUGGCCCUGCUCCCCCUCGCCAUGCGCAUGGGUGGUCCCCGUGAGGCCCUGUGGCACGCCAUCAUCCGCAAGAACCACGGUGCCACCCACUUCAUCGUUGGCCGUGACCACGCCGGUCCCGGCAAGAACAAGGACGGCAAGGACCACUACGGCCCUUACGAUGCUCAGCACCUCGUCCAGCAGUUCCAGGAGGAGCUCGGCAUCAAGAUGGUCGAGUUCCAGGAGAUGAUCUACCUCCCCGACCGCGACGAGUACCAGCCCGUCAACGAGAUCCCCAAGGACACCCGCACCCUCAACAUCUCCGGCACUGAGUUGCGACACCGCCUCCGCACCGGAAAGGAGAUCCCCGAGUGGUUCUCUUACCCCGAGGUCGUCAAAGUCCUGCGCGAGCAGAACCCCCUUCCUGCCCAGAAGGGUUUCACCGUCUUCAUGACCGGUUACCAGAACAGCGGCAAGGACCAAAUCGCCCGCGCUCUGCAGGUUACCCUCAUGCAGGGUGGUGGCCGCCCCGUCUCCAUGCUCCUCGGCGAGAAUGUCCGACACGAGCUGUCUUCCGAGCUGGGCUUCACCCGUCAGGACCGUGAUAUCAACAUCGGCCGCAUUGCCUUUGUCGCCUCUGAGCUGACCAAGGCCGGUGCCGCUGUCAUCGCCGCUCCCAUCGCCCCCUUCAACGCUGCCCGCGAGCAGGCCCGCGAGCUCAUCGAGAAGUCCGGCCCCUUCUUCCUGGUCCACGUUGCCACUCCCCUGGAGUACUGUGAGAAGACCGACCGACGAGGCAUCUACGCUGCCGCGCGCAAGGGUGAGAUUAAGGGUUUCACCGGCGUCGACGACCCCUAUGAGACUCCCGUCAAGCCCGACCUCACCGUCAACCUGGAGAAGCAGAACGUGCGCUCCAUUGUGCACGAGAUUGUCCUACUCCUCGAGAGCCGCGGUCUCCUUGACCGCCUGUAAAGGAUUCGUGUAAAGAGACGAAAUGCGGGGAAGACGGUCUGACUCCAGUUGGAGAGUCGGCUUCAAACUGGGACACUUGCUUGAUGGACGACCAAGUCACACGAGACGGCCAAGGCGGAACUUGUUUUCUGCAGCAGAAGUGAUGCACGGAUUGGCGUUUUUGAAAGAAGGCAAAAAGAAUUGGGCGAAUGAUUGAUGGAUGGAUAUGUUACAUUCCACGGGAUGAACCGGGUUUGCUUCACCACAGCGCAUGGGUAGAAUAGCGGGUGUCUUUGACGAGCCCGGAUGAAAGAGAAGGGUUUGAUAGAAUUAAGAUGGAGAUAGACAUAUCAACGAGGACAGAAAUAAGAAAUUCACGAACAAACCAACAAUGUCAAACU